AUGCUUCAUAGGACCUAUUUGGAAGUUGUUAACGCCUGGAUCGAGAAGCAUACUGGAUUUGGUGAAGAAGCAUGUCCUUUCAUCCCAUAUCCACGGAUCAAAGGUGAGGAACUCUGCCUCGUUCUCGGACCCCGAAAAACGUUGGAUGAGCCCUCGUGGACCGUCGAAGCCUACGACCCUAGCUCCGGCCACGGCCAGGCUGUGGGCAGCAUGAAACAUCGUUUCGACUCAGCCAUUGUCAUGCAAAACGGUGAGAAGUUCAAUACUUAAUUCCAAUCAGUCUGCAUGUUGCAAAUACGACUUUGGCAAUUACGCUGUCAAGCAUUCUAUGUUGUGUGCCUAUGCUCUUAUCCGCUUUCCCUCCUUCGUCCUUUCGUCUCCGCCAAAGGUUCCUUGUACGUGAUUGGUGGAUGGGAUGAGCACUCGCGUUGUCGUUCCGUGGAGGUUUUCAAUCCCAUGACUGCAACAUUCGCGUCCGCUGCACCAAUGCAUUUCGAGAGAAGCUGCCACGGCGCCGCUGCUGUGGGGCACGAUAGCAUCGUAGUUUGUGGUGGCGAGAACGAAGCUGGCCCAGUGCGCUCAUGUGAACUGCUGAAUACGAACCUUGACAGGUAGGUCCUUUUUGUUACUUAUGCCGCUGAUAGUCAUCUUGAAGUUCCGAAAGCGUCGAUAAUGUCAAUAUAGUGUGUAAAUCAGGAUGUACAGUGCGUGACCGAUCUAAUGAAAUGUUAGCCGAAAUUCAGAAAUGCGUUCUCAACUGGGAAGAAUUAAAAGGGUGGCGUUGUAAUAUUAGUAAUCAUGUACCAUAAUCCCAUAGUAUUUCAGACUCGCCAAGAUGUCGGCUUUUGAAUUCACUUCUUUCUGACCUCCGGCAGAAAUCGUACUUGGUAAAAAAACGACUACUUACGUAGCACGCAUUUUACACAUUUAUUUUCGAUGUUUUGAUAAAUUCAAGUAUAUUUUAUAGAAAACAUGCACGAAAAUAUGCUUUCUUUUGCUUCUUUGGUAGAAAAUAACAUUUUCUUCACACUUUAUACCCGGAAAAAGUAUAUAUUUGGAUUUUGAAAAAGUCUCCCCAUUCCCGAAUAAUUUCGAGCCUGACCAGCCGUUGCAUUAGCGUUUAGCGAUUGCAUUCCACAAGCUGCACGCGUUCCGCGUAAAGAAAAUCGUAUAUUCCUCUAUGCCUUUAAGAAGAUACUAUAAAGCGUUUACAAAAAUUCUGCUAUGGAUACGGGCUGUGUUUUACAUUUCACGAGGAGUAUUGGUAAACGGACACGUACGAUGCUGCAUAUAUGGACAUCGCACGGUCCUUAAAACAUCAUAAUUUGGAACUUUUUUAAAACCAAAAGAUGACCUCUUUUAAGGUAUAAAAUAUAACGCCAGUGUGGUUUUCUACCAAACAAGCAAAAGAAGGCAUAUUUCCGUGCAUAUUUUCCAUAAAAUAUAUUUGAAUUUAUCAAAACAUCGAAAAUCAAUGUGCAAAAUGCAUGCUACGUAAGUAGUCGUUUUUUACCAAGUACGAUUUCUGCCGGAGGUCAGAAAGAAGUGAGUUCAAAAGCCGGCAUCUUGGCGAGUCUGAAAUACUACAGGAUUAUGGCACAUGAUUACUAAUAUUACAAUGCCACCUUUUUAAUUCUUCCUAGUUGAAAACGCAUUUCUGAAUUUCGGCUAACAUUUCAUUAGAUCGGUCACGCACUGUGCUUAUAUUCUUCCUGCCUAGUAGACGGCCUGUUUGAUUAUAGGCUUUGAUGUGUUGUGCCGAUUUGCUCACGGAAAGGCUACUUUGCUGAGUAAUCUGUUCCUUUCCCUCCCCUACCCCUGCACGCUCGCGUAGGUGGGUCCCGAUUCCAGACAUGAGACGUGGUGUCCAGCGGCACUGUGUUGUCGCACUGGAUGACGGUCGUGUUUUUGUCAUUGGCGGAAUGACCGAGACAGUGGGCCACGCUGCCGACGUUGUGUACUGCAAGCUGGCAGCGAAUACAGAUGUCGGAUCCAUCAAUCCGUCGGACUUCUGGGUGGAGGCCGCACCGCUGAACGUGGCGCGUCACAGUCACUCCGCGGCCGUGGUUGGCGACCGCAUUGUAGUUGUUGGUGGCUUUGACCUUGUCAGCGGUCACACCAACACAGUGGAGAUGUUUACUCCGCCUUGCCGACACGGGGACUUAGGCCAAUGGACGAAACUCAGCCCUCUCAUUCCUGAUCAGAAUGUCCUGUCGUUGACGGUGUGCUCCAGUCGCCCCAUCGCCUUUGGUAAAGCUCUCUGAUUAACGCUGAUCUGUGCAAUACUUGCCCCAGUGAUCUGGCUGAAAGAUGCCUUGGCAGGUGACAUGAACUGCUGUAAGCUUCAGGAAGGCUUAUUUCUGAAUUUGGGAUCCAGCAGACUAGACACUGGGUAGUCUCCCUCUUAAGGACUUAUGGAAAGUAUCCCGAGCUCUGAACGAUUUUCUGUUCUUAACAUACUCCCACCUGAGACACUUUAGUCCCCUUUCCGUUGUUCUUGGCGAGGUUUAACUGAUCGCCACGACCUCCACUGAAUGUAAGCACACUGAUUGACCGCAGGAGACAGCUGUUUCUCAUGGAAUCAAACACGUCGCUUAGUUAUCGCUCAGCAAGAAGGCCUCAAACCCCUCCCCCAACCUUUAAAACCGUCCGCACUUCUUUCCAUUGCGUUUUCAUGGCAUAUUUUUUAUUCCUGUAGCUUUUUAGCAUGCUUUCUUUAUUCUCGAAUCGCAGUAUUUUUAAAUCCACCACCGCUGGGUGGAAAGGUUAAAUCCACUUUACCGGGCACCUUCUUCGGAUUAAGCACUGGGGUCGAAACGUAUUUGUCGGCAGCAAUGUGAAUUAACGAAAUAGCUUACCGCUUCUCCCAGAAGUUGACAUUCUUUGUGUGACGCCAACCGGCACGAAUCGAACAAAGGUUCGUCUACUGCUCUGAUAAGUUCCUCAGUUCGCCAAAACAUUCUGCAAGAGGAAUGACAUGAUGAGCUACUUAAGGCUGUCGGUAUUUAGUUUGUCGCUGCGGUUCGUCUACGCGGUUUAUUUCUUUGGUUUUUCUUUCUUCCCCCAGGUGAAGAGGGUAGAACCUUCGUUUUGGGGCCAAAGGCAACGGUCAAACUGUCCGUCUGUAGUCAGCUGAGGGCAGAACGGGAACAGGUAGGUCCUCCCCUUUCGAUCCUUUCUGUUGACUUUCAGUUUCAGUUUCAGUUUAUUUGAUAAGGAUGAUAGGCAAAGCCUUUGAAAACCCUAUUAAUUACAUGUCAGCUCGUUAGAAAUAACUGUACAGUAACAAUGAAAAUGUUCGCUAUAUACAUAGUACUUGAUCCAUUUGAGUAGCAUUGUCACAGAGAAAAAAUAUGUGGGGAACCGGGGUGUUUAGCUCAGAUUCAGACUGUCGAGGGAAAACAGGGGACACAAAUAAUCAUCCAAGCGUUUCUUGAAGAGUUGCAGGGAUGUCGCCUCCACGACUGACUGAGGGAGAUCAUUCCAUUUCUCCACUACCCUUUGCGUGAAAAAUUCAGAACGAAGGUUCAGCCUGGACAUUGUUGUCCGUAGCUUCAUCGAGUGGCCACGAAGAUUGGGUGAAAGGUGCCACUGAAACAUGUCCUCAAAGUUAAGUCCAUGCCCAAGGCCAUUUAUUAUCUUGUAAACCAGGAUUAGAUCACCUCUUUGCUGCCUGUAACACAGAGGGAAUAGAUUAAGGCAAUUCAGUCUGUCCGUGUAGGAUUGGUUUUUUAGACCGUUUACCAUCUUUGUUGCCCUACGUUGCACCCGUUCGAGGCAUGCUUUGUCCUUUACAAGCCAUGGCCGCCAUGCUUGUAUGCCAUAUUCUAAGUGGGGCCGAACGAAGGUGCCGUAAACUCUCCCAAAAAGGUCUUGGUCAAAGGUAACGAACGCCCUUUUGAUUGCAUGCAGCACUCCCAUUGCGUUUUUUGCAGCCUUGUGGCACUGCAAUGUUGGUUUCAAAUUGUUCUGUAUCCAAACCCCGAGAUCCUUCUGUGAAGAUUCUGCGGGGAGUCUUAUAUCUUUCAGAUGAUAUGUCCUCAGGCUCUGAUUUGAAUGAGAGUUAGUUGGACGCAGAUGGAGGACGGCACACUUCUGCACAUUGAAGUCUAGAAGCCAUUUCUCCGACCACGCUUGCAGUCUAUGAAGAUUGUUUUGGAGGGAUCUCUGGUCGUUAGGACUCUUAAUGACUUGCCAGAGCUUAACGUCGUCAGCAAACAUUAUUUUGCCACAGUCGAGUUCCUGAAGGCUGUCAUUAACAUAAAGGAGGAAUAGCAAUGGUCCCAGAACUGAGCCUUGAGGCACACCACUGGUCACGCUCACCCAUUCUGACAUAUCAUCACCGAUGCAAACACGUUGUUUCCGACCAACCAGAAACGCCCCUAUCCAGUUCAGAAGAUCUCCCGGAUGCCGAUGGCGCUCAAUUUGUGAAGAAGGCGUUGGUGCGGGACAGUAUCGAAGGCUUUGCGAAAAUCAAUGUACACGACAUCAACUUCAAAACCCUCUUCUAGGGCCCUGGUCCAGAUCUCCAGACAAGCUAGCAGAUUUGAGAGGCAAGAACGUCCUCUCCGGAAGCCAUGCUGGAAAUCCUGCAAGAGGUUAUUUUCUUCACAAAAUUGUUGUAUGGCACUCUUUACUAGAGCUUCCAUCGUUUUGCACGAGAGGCAGGUUAGGCUAAUAGGCCUGAAAAGUUUGUAUUCCAGUUACGAUUUUGCGGAUUUCGGGGGUUAACGAUCGUGUGUGAGCUCCAAAAAAUCAGUAUUGGGCAGGAUUAACGAUAGUCUCCUGGAUUUGAACAAAACUGCUGUAUUCCCAAAGCAGGUGGUGAUACCACCCGUUAGUACUGUCGGAAUCAGAACAGAUUACGCCUGUGUCCUAUUAAUGUCCUUGCCCAGUCUUUGGUAGAUACCGUUGUCCCGAAAUAUGUGGGCUUCUGACCGGAGGGGGUCGGUCGCAUUUGUAGUCAGAUAUCAGCGAAGGCUUCAUGUGAGGGGGACGUGGCUUUGGCAGACGCUGUAUUGAUUUGCGUCCUCGUCACGUUUUUUUUCAGUCCGGUCCCACGCCCACGAACUCUGCUGCCCGGCCUCUUAGUGCCGCAUGGGUCAAGAGCAACUCUUAUACUCGCUGACCCACGUGACGCCCACGGCAAAUUCGCGUCCCCUCUACUCUCUCCCCCCCCCGCCUUUAGGUUAUUUCGUCCGUCGCCAGCGUCGUGGACACUCUGUUCCCCCGGAUGCGGUGACGACUUGCGCAUGCAAUUCCCUCAUCUAAACGCUGCCUUUAUGGCGUUCUCAUCCAUGUGAGGUCCAAGUUGCAAUAGGGGCCAUGUCGUGUGUUGCGCGUGUAGAGGGCUGUUUAACUUUGCCAGUCACAUAGUGUGCGUCAUCGGUUGAGAAGGUCAAACUGUCAGCAGGAAAGACUUUCGCAACAUUUUUCGCGUUUCCCCUUCCACGUUCAGACUAUUUCAGUGACAAGACAGAGUCAAGACGAUCAGAGCGAUCGUAGGUCUGUCUUUGGCCCUUUCACCGUACGCUGCUACUACAUUGUAGCUGGAACACUCGAAUUGCUUGUACCCUUAUUUAUAUUGCACACCCUACUUCCAGAGCUUUUUCCCAGAAGCGUAUUGGCCUUUUCAGGUUACCUACCUGGAAGCCAUUGGUUCCCUAUCUCUACAUAGAGUUGUGCUUGCCUCUUUAGUACAUGUUUGGAGCAGUUCGUUGUGUGGGUUACCUUUUUAGAUUCUUCAUCGCACUAUGUCUUAGCUGAGCAUAAGCCAACUUUGAUUUUCAUUCCUCCAGGGAGAAGGAAUGGCGACUGCAAUAGGUAAGAGCGGAAGUGGCGACGAAAGCAGCAGAUAAGUAGUUUGAGGAAGCCAGGUUUCAUCGAUCGUUAAGGAGCGUAAUAACGUACCGGGACAUUAAAUUCCGAGGUCCGUUCAUUCUCUCUCUCGGGCUCUAGACCCAUGAGCCUCCGGUCCCGUCCGCCAUAUCUGGACUGAAUGGGUGAGCCCGGCUGCUUUAUUAGUAAAGCACUAAGUACUGCCUGCAUCUGCUUGUAUGUUGCGUUUUGGGUUCUCAUCAACUUCUACAAUUGCGCCUGUAAAUUGCACUUUCAUAGAAACAAAUCGAAUUUUCUCGGAGCGUGCGAGACGAAUCUUCUCAAGGUGGUUUGAGUUUUAAAAAAGACUUUUUCAGGCAUGUUUACGAUAUUUCUAGGAAUUUAGGUCGUCUCUAUUUAGAUGUCGGCCUCUCCAGCUAUGUGGGUAGCAUUCUGAUUAUUUGCUUGGACCACGGUGCUCGGUGCGCAAUGGAUUCUGCAGGAGAUACUGUUUAAUGGCCCCGAGGAUGGGGUCCUGGACAUGCUAGUACGCCUUAGUUUAGCUUUCGCUUCUGAGGCACCGUCUAAUUCGGACUUUUCAACUUUAUGACGACAAUUUUGCUCACGUUUAAGUACGUGCUUAGGAUUUCUCAAGACUUAGUACUCACUAUGCUUACAUUCUGGCGUCAAAGGCUCACUGUGUAACUAAACUCAUGGUUCCCAGUUGGGCCUCGUAGCCCAGGUGACUAGAGCGUUGGCUGUGGUAAAGCCUUCUCCUUGCUGUCACGGGUUCGAAUCCUACCGAGGCGCCGAGUUUUCACAUUUGGGUCAUAAUAAAUUAGUUUUACUCUGUUUAUUCAGACCUACUCUUCGAUCUGUGGUGCUAAUCACUUAGCUAAAGGCGCAGAUAACUGAGGAUUUCUUCCUACUAUCAAGGGAGGUGAUGUAUGAUCCGCAAAGGGCAAAUGAUCACAGUUUCCGGGGGUAGACUUCAGGUAAAAGAUCAUUCUAAGGAUUGAGUUUAGGAGGCAGAUCUUUCGCCCUCAACCAUACAACUUUGAUCCCUUCGCUGCAGAAUUUGGCAGGCAAAAUAUAUGGAUACGAAGGUACUGGUACGAAGGUAAUGGUUAACUGACAGAUGCUCUGCCCCACCUUCUAUCACUGCUCCUACUAUGAGUAGAAAGAGAGCUGGUGGGCAUAGUAUGUAUAGCAUACAUCAGAUUCAGCAUAUCCCGGCUGCCAUAUAAACCCAUUGACUUAUUUUUAAUUUUUUGAUCGCCUUUACACGAUAAUUACUUUUGUGCAUGCCGUCGACAACUCUCCUGCAGGUUGGUUUUUAGAAAAAAUAAAUUAGUGGCACUCCACAGUGGACAUCAACCGGAAUGUUAAAUCUGAUAGCCUCUAAACAACGAUCUCGGGUUUUAAAAGGUUCCUCUAAUCCCGGCCUCAACUAGUUAUAAAUGACAAGCAGGCUGACAUCAGUUUUGAUCUGAUGAAAAUAUGUACAAGUAAAAAUUAUUGUGUAACUACUGGUGUUUGUUCGUCUAGAAGCUUCCAUGCUCCAAGAAGGAGUUAAGGGACUGACUGUCACAUGAGUCUCCUGCCGGUCUACCUGACUGAGGCAUUCCUGGUUCAAGGACACAAGUACUGCAAUCUGUAGAAUGUUUUGGAAAUAGUUAUUUUUGAAACCGGACAAUAGGUUAAUUUCACUGCUAUGUUAACGGACAAAAAGCAUUGGCAUAAAACCCAUUGAUUUCGAAGACGUCUUUGAAUGCCAGGCGAUGGGCAUUGUUCUGUGCUGCCGUUCAUCUCCCUCAGCAAGUUCAAUUGGUUACUUGUUGUACGCCCCUUCAUGCUGUUGGCUUCUACUUGCAGUGCUUCUUUCACCCCCCCCUCUCCCUCUCCCCCCUCUAGAAACCCGAUCUAGAGGCCUGGCAGUGGACCGAGUUGCCGAAACUUUCCUUUGUGUCCUGCGUCCAGGCCGCCGUUGCUACUCCCCGCGCACUGACUUGUUACAAGGCUGGAGCAGAGCAUGCCGAGCAGAAGAAAUAACCGGGCGCCUUGAUACAAUAAACGAAAAACCGUGCAUCACUUUGCAUAAUUCUGCUACAGUUUAGAACGCCCAUUUUUUCUACCUUCAAUUGUGUCCACUUCCAAUAAAGCAGCAUGGCUCAUUUCCUGCAAUCAGACCUUUUUUCUUACAUUAGAGGGCAACUUGUUCACCUUGCCGACAGACCGCGUGAGCUUUUCAUUUACAUUAAGUGGGCCAACUCAUGAAAUCUCGACAGAAAUUCCGAAAUGCGUUUUCGUUUCGAAAAGAUUAGGUAGGGUUAUAAGACCAAUUAUCAUACAGCAUAAUUCUAUGGUAAUUCAGUUACCCUAGGACGCCGGCUUUCGAACAAACUUCUUUCCGGCUACAUCAAUCAUAUUUCAUGGAAAACAUGCAUAAAAAUAUUCAUUCUUUUACUUAUUCGGUAGAAAAUUACGUCUUCUUUCAAUUUUAAGCUCAAAGGAAGGGUAUAAUUUAGUUUUAUAAAACUUUUCCAAUUCCCGAAUAAUUUUGGACCCGACCUGCCGUUACACUUGUAUUCAGGGUUCACAAAAUACAAGCCGUAUAUUUUGUGCGUAUUGAAAAGCAUACAUUUCUCUAUGGUAUUAGGGGGAGACCAUAUGGGGUUCAUACAAUUAAGCAGUGAAUUUGAGCCACAUUGUUAACUUUACAAGCCGCAUUGGUAAAUGCAGAGACAUGACGUUUUACGAACGGCCAUUUCACGACAUUAAAAAAAUCUCACAAUUAGGAACUUUUUAAGACUGAAUUAUACCCUUUCUUCUAUUGUAAAAUUGAAGGAAGACGUAAGUUUCUUCUGAAUGAGCAAAAAUGAAUAUUUUAUGCAUGUUUUACAUGAAGUAUAAUUGGCAGAAGCCCAACAGGCAGCCACAGUGAGAAAUCCUCUCUAGGUGGGUCGGGUACAACGGGAUGGCGGUUUUGAGGGGAAGAACGGGCGGGACAAACGGCAAAGGGCACUAAAUUGGCAGUUGGAAGCCGAAAAAUGUUGAAAAUCGAAGGAAAAUAAAUAUUUGUUUUAAUGAAGUCAAAAAUAGGGGGAGGAUGGCGCGCAAAUAGGGAAAACCGGAGGCAAUGACCAAUCGAAGGAGGGCUGGCCGGGGACGUGAUGUGAUUGGCCGCCGGGGCGAGUAAACCUGAACCGCCAAGCGGCUAACCAAUGGGAUCAUUGGCGCCGCACUUGAAAGUGGUGUGCGUUAGAUAGGCACGAUGCGUACGAUGCGCAAAGGGAACGCGGGCGGUCAGCGGUGUACUACGGUUGGGUAAGAGUAUUUGUAUAAAGUGCUUAUGACAAUUGCAUCACUUCCCGGCCCCUUACUGACCCCCUCCUCAACCCCUCCCUAUUUGUUAUAUCGGUGAUCUCCACGGCAUGCACCGUUUAAUACGCAUAACGUGAACAAUGUUUAAAAUACCUGGACGUACUCCAACACCACCGCACCAACCUACAGCAAGUCGGCAAACUCCCGACCUUGGCGGUCGCUGUUUUACGGGAUUUGCAAAUAUCCAUGGUGAGAACAGCUUGUAGGCCUACGUAACCCUUUUAAGUUUAAAUUUAUCCGCCGUAACCCAAAGUGGGGGACCAGGCGUGGAAGUACAGAUAGACGAGACGCUCAUAAGUCGCCGCAAAUAUAACAGGGAACGACCGCGGCGGCAGUUGUGGGUCAUAUAUGUACGAUACACGCAGGCGGAAAGCCCUAUUUGAACAGAUUAACAACCGCAGCUGGGAGAGUCCAUGAGGCCCGUCAUAAGGAAGUGGGUGGCUGCUGGUAGUGUUAUCGUAACCGAUGAGUGGAAGGGUUGCACCCGCCUACCGUCCGAAGGUUGUAGGCACUGCACUGUGAACCGCCGUAGGGGCUUCGUGAAUCCCACAACGGGACGGCAUACGAACGCCAUAGAGGCCAACUGGAGCAGAUUAAGGGGGAACCCUAAUAGCAAGCGAGCUCGCCGCGAGCCGGUGUACUUGGGGGGGAGGGGGUAGUGGGUCUGGAGCCUGCUCGCGGUUUGGAUUGGUUCCCGGGUCGGCUGCGUCGGCGUCGCCAAGGGCGCAAGCGGCCGCGCAUAGUUGCACUUGAUUAUCGAUUGGCUUGGUGCCCGAUAGUCCUCUGCCUCUUGCCGGUGCCACUUUUUGCUCUCUCAUGCUGCACUGCACACGUCGUGUCUCGCUCUACGCUGACAAUGCAUACCCUAACUGUCUUUGUCUUUGUGUUCGCUUGUGUCUCCUUUUACGCACAGUUAUAUUUACUCCUGUUAGUAGGCGCAACAUACGGCGUCAAGCCUACCUACUGGGAAUGCAGCCGUUACCUACUGGCGAUGGGAAAGCUGGCGAUUGAGGAGAGCCUACAAACGCCAAUUGGAUAAGCUAACCAACGAGCGCGCAGACGAAGACUGGAAGGUGUGACUGUGUACUUCGUCCACAUGCUCUCCAUGCCUACCUACAGUGCCUGUGGCCGUUACCGGCCGGUCAAAGAGGGAGCUGUCGUUAGACGAGAGCCAACCAUCGACGAGUGGAGAAACUAACCAUCGAAGGCGCAGACGGAAGACUGGAAGGUAAGACUCUGUAAUUCGUCCACUUACUCUCCAUGCCUGCCUACAGUACCUGUGGCCGUUACCGGCCGGUCAAAGAGGGAGCUGUCGUUUGAGGAGAGCCAACCAUGGACGAUUGGAGAAGCUAACCAACGAAGGCGCAGACGGAAGACUGGAAGAUAUGACUCUGUACUUCGUCCAUUUACUCUCCAUGCCUACCUACAGUGCCUGUGGCCGCUACCGGCCGGUCUAAGAGGGAGCUGUCGUUUGAGGAGAGACAACCAUGGGCGAUUUGAGAAGCUAACCAGCUAACGCGCAGACGGAAGACGGGAAGAUAUGACUCUGUACUUCGCCCACUUACUCACCAUGCAUACAUACAGUGCCUGUGGCUGUUACCCGCCGGUCAAAGCGGGGGCUGUCGUUUGAGGAGAGCCAACCAUGGACGAUUGGAGAAGCUAACCAACGAAGGCGCAGACGGAAGACUGGAGGGUAUGACUCUGUACUUCGUCCACUUACUCUCCAUGCCUACCUACAGUGCCUGUGGCCGUUACCGGCCGGUCAAAGAGGGAGCUGUCGAUUGA